AUGACGGUUUCUCCACUCGAUCUCGUAUCUGCAAUCAUCAAAGGAGAACACGUGGUUGUUUCCGACCCCGCGAAUGCCUCCGCUUACGAGUCCGUCGCCGCCGAAUUGUCGACUAUGCUCAUCGAGAAUCGUCAAUUCGCCAUGAUUGUAACUACUUCCAUAGCUGUUCUCAUCGGCUGCAUCGUUAUGCUCGUAUGGCGGAGAUCCGGCACCGGAAAUUCCAAACGCAUCGAACCUCUUAAGCCUUUGGUGAUCAAGCCUCGUGAGGACGAAGUUGAUGAUGGUCGUAAGAAGGUCACCAUCUUCUUCGGUACACAGACCGGAACCGCCGAAGGUUUUGCUAAGGCUUUAGGAGAAGAAGCUAGAGCAAGAUACGAGAAGACCAGAUUCAAAAUCGUGGAUUUGGACGAUUACGCAGCUGAUGAUGAUGAGUAUGAGGAGAAAUUGAAGAAAGAAGAUGUGGCUUUCUUCUUCUUAGCCACAUACGGAGAUGGUGAACCUACUGACAAUGCAGCGAGAUUCUACAAAUGGUUCACCGAGGAGAAUGACAGAGGAGAAUGGCUCAAGAACUUGAAGUAUGGCGUGUUUGGAUUAGGAAACAGACAAUAUGAACAUUUUAAUAAGGUUGCCAAAGUUGUAGAUGACAUCCUUGUAGAACAAGGUGCACAGCGUCUUGUACAUGUUGGUCUUGGAGAUGAUGACCAAUGUAUUGAAGAUGAUUUUACCGCAUGGCGAGAAGCAUUGUGGCCCGAGUUGGAUAAAUUGCUGAAGGAAGAAGGUGAUACAGCUGUUACUCCAUACACUGCAGCUGUGUUAGAAUACAGAGUUUCUAUUCACGACUCUGAAGAUGCAAAGCUGAAUGAGAAAAACAUGGCUAACGGGAAUGGUAAUGUCGUGUUUGAUGCACAACAUCCUUACAGGGCAAAUGUUGCUGUGAGAAGAGAGCUUCAUACUCCAGAAUCUGACCGUUCGUGCACCCAUUUGGAAUUUGACAUUGCCGGAAGUGGAUUGACGUAUGAAACUGGAGAUCAUGUUGGUGUACUUUGUGAUAACUUAGAUGAAACUGUAGAGGAAGCGCUUAGGGUGCUGGAUAUGUCCCCUGAUACUUAUUUCUCCCUUCACUCUGAUAAAGAAGACGGCACACCAAUCAGCAGCUCGCUUCCUCCUCCAUUCCCACCUUGCAACUUGAGAACAGCGCUUACACGAUAUGCCUGUCUUUUGAGUUCUCCUAAGAAGUCCGCUUUAGUUGCUUUGGCGGCUCAUGCAUCUGAUCCAGCUGAAGCAGAGCGAUUAAAACACCUUGCGUCACCUGCUGGAAAGGAUGAAUAUUCAAAGUGGGUUGUAGAGAGUCAAAGAAGUCUACUGGAGGUGAUGGCCGAGUUUCCCUCAGCCAAGCCGCCUCUUGGUGUCUUCUUCGCUGCAGUUGCUCCAAGGUUGCAGCCUAGGUUCUAUUCGAUAUCAUCAUCUCCCAAGAUUGCUCAAACUAGAAUUCAUGUCACUUGUGCACUGGUUCAUGAGAAGAUGCCAACCGGCAGGAUUCACAAGGGAGUGUGUUCGACUUGGAUGAAGAGUGCUGUGGCUAAUGAGAUGGAUGAAAACUGCUCCUCAGCGCCGAUAUUUGUUAGGCAAUCCAACUUCAAGCUUCCUUCUGAUUCUAAGGUACCGAUCAUCAUGAUCGGUCCAGGGACUGGGUUGGCUCCUUUCAGAGGUUUCCUUCAGGAAAGACUCGCGCUGGUAGAAUCUGGUGUUGAGCUUGGACCAUCAGUUUUGUUCUUUGGUUGCAGAAACCGUAGAAUGGAUUUCAUCUACGAGGAAGAGCUCCAGCGAUUUCUCGAGAGUGGUGCACUCGCAGAACUAAGUGUCGCCUUCUCUCGUGAAGGACCCACCAAACAAUAUGUACAACACAAGUUGAUGGACAAGGCUUCGGAAAUCUGGAAUAUGAUCUCUAAAGGAGCUUACGUAUAUGUUUGUGGUGACGCCAAAGGCAUGGCUAAAGACGUUCACAGAUCUCUCCACACAAUAGCUCAAGAACAGGGACCAAUGGAUUCGACGAAAGCAGAGAGCUUUGUGAAGAAUCUGCAAAUGAGUGGAAGAUAUCUGAGAGAUGUAUGGUAA